GCACGGUCACCGGCUCUCGUGUAUUCGUCCUAUCAGCAGGCGCCAUCACAAUUCACGAGCUCGUUAGACACAGUCGGGCAAUGGCUGUAGCCCGUAGUUGUAGCUGCUGCUUGCAGGUGGUGCUGCUUUGGGCGGCGCUAUGGCCGGCGCUCUCGCCGUCGCCGUGGACGGUCGCUUUAGCGGCCGCGGCCGUGCCGGCAAAGCUCAAGGCCGCGCCGGUGCCCGUGGUGCCCGGGCCGGUGUCCAGGGUGGAGGACGCUAGGAUGUUUCAGAUAUACUACGGCCAGAGUUUCAAGGUCAUCAAGAACUCCGGCGACGGCAAGAGCUACCUUCUCAUGCAGAACACGUCCAAGAUGGCAUCCAAGACGAAGUACUGCACGGGGAGGAUCAAGUCGUUUAUAAUCCCCCUCGCCAACUUCUCCGUCGACACCACGGCUUCUCCAGUGUCAUUCUUUGAGUUACUUGGAGUGCUAGAAAACUUGAAGGGAAUAACAUCAAACCAAGUUGCUUCUCAAUGUGUCCUCCAAUCGUACACAAGUGGAAAUACCCAAAUUGUUAAUAGGACUGAUGCACAGACACUCUCGCAGUUUAGUGCACAAUUCAUAAGCAAUAUAGAUGAAGAUAAAGGUUGCAACUUUGCAGUGUAUGUACCCUUGGAAGAGGAUGCACCAUUACAGAGGGCUGAGUGGAUCAAGUACUUGGGAACUUUCACAAAUGCUGAAGACAGGGCAAAUGCUGUCUAUGAUGCAAUAAAGAGAAACUACUUGUGCUUAAGCAAAGCAGCGGCAAACCUUAGCACGACAUUCAAGCCUAUAGUAGCGUGGAUUGAAUACACACAGGGAAUGUGGACAUUCGUCAAAGAAAGUUAUGCCUUACAGUACGUCACAGAUGCAGGAGCAGAAAUUGUCGAUGCAACUAUUACAAAUAAGAGAUUUAAUAGUUCAGAUUCAGAGGAUAUGGACAACUUUCAUGCUAUUCUUUGUACAGUGGACGUGGUAAUAGAUCAGACAUAUGCUUUGGAGCCUGCAGAGUACAAACUAUCCACGUUUUUGGAGAAUAUUAAUGUUAGCCAUGACUCCUGUUUUAGUUUUGUAUCAAACCGCAGCAUAUGGAGGUUUGACAAAAGGAUAGGAGCUUCUGGAACACUUGAUUGGUACGAUGGAGCUAUCUCCCAGCCCCAGUUGGUUCUUGGAGAUCUAAUAGAAGUUUUCUUCCCAACGGGGAACUACACAACAAUUUACUUCAGGAACCUUGCAAAGGAAGAAGGGGUCACUGAGAUUGGCCCUGAAAUGUGCACUAGGAGCAUCUCUGAACCCAUGGAGCCUAUAACCCUGCCCUGCCAAUGAUGAGCCCAGAUGAACACAAAGACUUUUCAAGCUUACUUGCAGACAGUGGCAACUAGUUGAUAGAUCAUUUUAAGUUACUGACAAACUGAUCUGAACAGAAGGUUUGCAAAACGGAUUAGAUUACAGAGUUGAGAAAGAUAUAUUUGAACUUUCUUCAAAAAUAUGUUGAGAAGCAAUUUCUAUUUGGUCUGUUGAUCAUUUUUCUUUUCUUUUCUUUUUUUCAAAAUGAGGAUAUCUGUUGAUCAUUUAAUAAGUUACUACAAACCAAGACCAAUGUGUCCAUGUUGAAGAAAUUCUAUGCAAUUAUCAAAUAACCCAUUUUUGAAACUGAAA